AUGGAAGAAGCUGUUCCCACUGUGAACUUGACCGGCGUUGGAUCCCGCUUCAUCUCCUCAAACGAGGUGGAAACAGCACGAACCCGAAGGGAGGAGCAAUGGAAGGCAGCAUAUGCGCGAUUGGGCCAGGAGCCUCCACCUCGUCCAACGGAGGACGCGUUUGAUGGUCGUAGUCUGGCAGAAGCAGCCAAGCAAGAAGAAUGGGAAGAGAAGACAAAGCUAGCGAACCAAUUUCGGGCGCUGGAGGAGGAUGAGAUCAUGUUCCUAGACUCUAUUCGGGAGAAGGAGGCUGAAGCAGAGCGUCUCCGUAAGGCUCAGGAUGGCGAGGAAUUACAGGACUUUAAGAAGUAA